CAUGUGGUAGGCGAUUUUCAGCUUUAAUAUAACAAAAAAAGAAACCUUAGAAUAGUCCAAUUGAGCUACAUCCGUUGGUUUGCUCCCUAUUUAUAGUGAGAUUAAUUUCCUUCACCUCACUGCUAUCCUAAAAUAAUGGGUUCUCUUCCUCAUGUAGUAGAAGACUGCUUAGGUAUCCUUCAAGUUUACAGUGAUGGAUCCAUUAGCCGAUUAAGUGAUGACCAAAUUGACUUUCAUAAUUUUCCUGUCAAAGACGAUGGCUCAGUCGUCUGGAAAGACAUCCUUUACGACAACGGAGACGGAAAAGAGAAACAGUAUCUCCGUCUUUACAAGCCAACAAAAUGUAGUGCAAACAAGCAGCAGCUGCCAAUCAUUUACUUCUUUCAUGGUGGAGGUUUCUGUUUAGGUUCACGUACGUGGCCUAAUUGUCAUAACUGUUGCCUACGUCUCUCCUCUGUACUCCAAGCACUUGUUAUCGCUCCUGACUAUAGGCUGGCCCCAGAGUAUCGCCUUCCAGCUGCGAUGGAUGAUGCGUUUGCGUCCAUGAAGUGGCUGCAGAAUCAGGCUUUGUCAAAUAGUACUACAUAUGAUGAUGCUUCAUGGAUAAAUCAUGAUUAUGAUCGGGUUUAUGUGAUUGGAGACUCAUCUGGUGGGAACAUGGCGCAUCAUUUGGCACUGAGACUUGGAGUUGGCUCACCUCAACUGGCACCGGUUAGAGUACGUGGUUAUGUUCUCAUGGCGCCAUUUUUCGGGGGAAGUCCAAGGACUAAGUCAGAAGCAGAGGGACCUGAUGAACCUUUCUUGAAUAUGCAAAUUCUUGAGAGGUUUUGGAGGUUAUCACUUCCAAUUGGAGCGACUGCAGAUCACCCAUUGGCUAACCCAUUUGGGCCAUUAAGCCCAAAACUAGAGCCCAUUAAGCUUGAUCCACUAUUGGUGAUUGUGGGAGGAAAUGAACUUCUCAAAGAUAGAGUUGAAGAUUAUGCAAGCAAGAUGAAAGAGCUAAACAAGGACGUUCACUAUUUUGAGUUUGAGGGAAUGCAACAUGGCUUUUUCACAAAUGACACUUUCUCACAAGUUGCAAAUCUAGUUUUGCAAGAGAUCAAGUACUUCAUGAGUGGGACCUCUUGUUAGGGCUAUAAGAGUGUACGUAUGUGAGCUAACUAGUAAGGUUUAUUGUUGCUUCCAAAUGCACACAUAAAUAUAUGUAAUUAUCAAAUAAUAAAAUGAUAAAAUAGAUGUCGAACUCAUAGAGACUUAUGAUUAACUGUUCACUAAAUUAAACUAGAACUUGUUAUAUAAUCAGGUUCUCCAAAUGGAGAUUAUGUUAUUAUCUACAUGUGCAAUAAAUAAAUUAAAGGAUUUAGAUUGUAUCAAAGAAA